AUGUCUGCUUCAAAGCACCAAGUGGAAAUAGACGAGGAAUUGUCGAAAAUCAAAGACGCUCUAUCCGAUCGUAGAAAUAACCUCUUAUCUUAUGUAGAUCGCGUGGGAAACAAUUUGCUAUUUAAAGAAAAACACCUUGCAGAACUAUAUUUCAUAGUUAAAAUUCCCCAAGAUUAUCCGAAGGGUCUACCAAAGUAUUCAUUUGAAGUGGAAAAGGUGGCAAUAAGGAAGUUUGUCAACGAAAACCCCCGUACAGACGUGACGCUCACUCGUGUGGUCCUUCGACGAAUUUUUGAAAUAAGCAUGGCAAGACAGCUUGAUAUUCCCGAGAAGAUUAUUGAAUUAGAACCAGGUUUCAUCGAGGAGAUUCGUAGGGAGGAAGCCAAGAUGACAGAAUUGUAA